CUGUUUGAUAUCUGGAAAAGCCGACAAUACUAUCCAAUAGAUGGCACUGCUUCAAUUUUUGGCUUACAAAGUAAGUAAAGGAGAACGAGAUGAUAGUAUGUAUUGCUAAAAAUGGUAAUCGACCAUAGUAGAAAUCUUAUACAUAAGUAGUGGGACAAUGUUUCUUAUUAAAAUGAUUGGUAAUUAUGUUUGAAAAUAUAUAAAUGUGAAAAAAUGGCUUUAACGCAAGCUGAUUAUCCGAACAAUGCAGCCAAAUUUGAUUUGGCAAUAGAAAAAUUAAUUGCAUUGACUAAGAAAGAAGACAAUAAAACAAAGUUGAUUAACAAUUACCUUUGCAAUCUCAAUGAACUUGAUUACAGAUACAUUACUAUUUCAAAUAAAAAUGCAGUGCAAUUAUUAAUUAAGCAACUAUGUGCUGUUGCAACACCUACAGAAACAGUUCUGGUUCAGAAUCUUUGUAAAUUUUUAACUACAUUGAUACAAAAUAAUAUUGAAGUUCAAGAAGAAACAUUUGUACAUUUCAAGAAGUGGAUUUUAGAAGCUAUAAGACUUGCUUCAUCAGCUGCACAUAAUAAUAUCUUUUUAGCUUUAAAGAGUAUUUUAGCAAAUAAUCAAUUUAAUGAUAUCAAUCAAGACUUACAAUUAUUACUUGAAGAAAAUCAACUUCUGAUCAAAUAUCUAAAUCAAUGUAGUACAGAAUGGACUGAAAUUCAUUAUAAUGCAAUUGGUUGCUUAGAAGGAAUUUUAGUAAAUAUAAACAAUAGUACUUCUGUAACUAAAGAAUUUGUAUAUAUCGUCAAGGAUGUGAUACUAAAUAUCAUUUCAUCUUCUUUAUGUGUAAAUGAUAAUAAACUUAUUCAUAUAAAAAUUUUAUGCUCGUGCUUACAUAUUUUACAUAUUAUAACAAUCAAUAGAUUAAUACCACAUUCCACCGAUUUUAUGGGCGAAAUUUUAGGAGUGAUACAAGCAUUUUUAUUUUAUGGUAUUAAAGACUAUCCUCCUAUGAGACCAGAAUUUCUUCGUCCAGCGGUAAUGAAUCUUCCAGAACGGAUUCAUAUUAUUCCUAAAUGUAAAAACUUAAAAAAUCACAAAGCGAAGUUAAAGAAACAACCUAUCAAAAAAGCUACAGAGAUUAAGAAUAGUAUUGUGCCAGAAUGCAAAGGAGUCAGCAUAUAUUCUAGUGAUUCAGAUACCUCAGAUACUGAAAGUAAUAAUUCUGUCCUUAUGAAUUCUAAAGUAAGGCUGGAAACUGUUUAUUUAUUACAAGCUUUUAUUGAAACUUCACAAAGUCGUGAGAUGUUCGGAUUUUGGCCACAAAUUGUUGCCACUGGUUCACGUAGUGAUGCCAGGGUAUUGACUAGAUGUAUUUUAAAAGAAUCUGUAUCAAAGGUGAAGCAACACAUGUUAAGCACAUUAACAGAAUUGCUUACUGAUGCCAAACCAUUUUUAAUGCACGCAGAAGAUGUUCAACAUAAGUCAUUUAUUACCUUUUUUGGCACAGUGUGUCUAAUGAUCAAAGAGUUGCAUUUCACAUUAUCCUUAAUUUUAAGCAGUGAAUCGAAUAUAGCAGUUUUAACUCAUACUUUGAAAUGUGCUGCUGCCCUAAUUCAAGGAACACCUUAUGCGCGUUUGAAAGUUGGACUUGCUACAAAAUUAAUGAGAAAUUGCAGACCAUGUAUAUUUCAUAAAGAUCCAACAGUCCGUAUUGCAGCAUUGUCUGCUUUUGAAGCUAUUGCUUCUUGUGAUCCUAUAACACCAGAAAUAUUUGAAAUACUUGGAAAACAAUCAACUAUGAAUAUAGAGUUGGAUCAAUUGCAUUUAAACAUUUCAAGUAAUGAUAACACAGAUGAUCAAGAGGAAGAAAUAGAUGCUGAAGAUUUAAAAAAUAAUAUGGUUGUUAAUUAUAACAAUAAAUUAUUGGAAGAAACAAAUAUAUGUUUUUUGGUGCACGUUUGUUUAGAAAAUAUAUCGAAUAAGACAUUGAGUACACCUGUUCGACUUCAAUCCUUAAAGUUGAUUGGAAGAAUGGUAUUCAGUACGAGAAAUCUCGUAUUUCCAUACAUAGAAUUAGUUACAACAACUUUAAUAGCAGCUGUACAAGAUUCUGAAACACAAGUAAUAUUACAUACUUGUCGAGCACUCGAAAUAAUGGCUGGCUGCCUUAUUAAUUCUGACUUUGAAGACAAUAAUGCUACAGUAUUCUGGAAUAUUAUAUUUGAACCUAUGAUACUGCUUCUCCAACAUCAGGAAACUAUAAUAAGAGAAGCUGCAUGUGAUUGCUUAGGUAGCAUCAGUUCUACAGUGUUUACUCAAUUACCUCGACAAAAAGCAGUUUUAAUUAUCACAGUAAUUUUUGGUGCAGUGCACGAUAAAGAAAGUGCUGUAAGAGCUGCUGCAUUACGAGCAUUAGGUAUGUUGGUUACUUUACCUGCAUUGAAAGAGGAAACUGGAUUUUUAAUGGAUUUAGCUGAUAUAGUUUGUUUAACCGCUGACGAUAAAAAUCUUGGUGUUCGCAUUAAAGGGGCUUGGGCAUUAGCUAAUUUGUGCAAUUGCCUUUCAGAAGAAAAAGAUCAAGAAGAAUUAGUGGAACAUAUUCCUUUGGAAAUUUUAUUACCAAAAAUUUAUCAAGUCAGUAUUAAAGCAUCUAAAGACAGUGAUAAAGUAAAAUGUAAUGCUGUUCGAGCUCUUGGAAGUAUUCUGUACUUAUGUUCUGAUAAACAUAUAUUAAAUGAUACAUCAUCAGGAUUAGAAGCUCUCAUAAACUGCGCUAUCUUAGGAAAUGAUAUGAAAGUUCGGUGGAAUGCUUGUCGAGCUUUAGGACUGGUCUUGAGCAAAAGUCCAGAUAAUAUAUUGCCAUCUUCUUGGCGGGACCAAGUAUUUCCUGCAUUAUGCAGCUUAAUAUGUGAUAGCCCGAACUUUAAAGUUCGAACUAACGCAGCGUGGGCGCUAUAUUCUUGUAAUUCCUACGGUAAAUAUACCGUGACUUUAUGGAAAAGUAUUACUUUAGCAUUUGAAAAUUCUCAACAUGUACCAAGUUAUAUUGAGUAUCCCCAUCGCGACGCUCUGAUUCAACAACUGUGCCUUACGCUUAGUCACGUAGCUGCUUGUACCGAAGUGCCAGAUUUAUUAAAUCUUUGGACAGAGAUAGGCGAAUAUGUACAUGAUAUAUCUAAUUAUAUAAAACAAUUUCAGGAAACUAUUGUACCUGAAAAAGUGGGAGAUUUAAUAAAAGCACAAUCUCAACUAGAGAAAUAUAUAAAAAGUGCUCCAUCGUCAGAGGAACAAAAAAUUGCCCAAACAUUAGCAAGUAUCUUUGAAAGAACCAAACGCUAUGAUAAUUUGGAUAUUACUAUUUGAAAGUAAUAAUGCAAUACCUGCUAGAGGAAAACAAGUUGUAUAUUAAUCAUGUCCUAUAAUUUAUAUCUCAGGUCCUAUUUAGAUUCAGUUACAAUCAAUAUGAGUUGUACAAAGUUUGAAAUAAAAUUAUAUUUUUAUUUUA